UUGAAAUUGAACAUACUAUUUGAACAGAAUUGUAUUUUAUUUUCAAAAUUCAAUGUUUUGACAUUGUAUUCAGAAUUUGGAAAAGUCAUCAUCAUAAUAAUAUAUCUGUAUGGAUGUUUGUUAUAGAAUUUCCUGUGAAUCCCAAAAACGUAAAAGUUGUCCGAUUAAUUUAUCUGAUUUGUAAUGGUGAAACUUCAUCAUCUUGGUUUGAUGAUGGUAAAUUUGAAGCGCCAGAAAAUGAAACCAAUACGAUCGAAUCUGCUUGCAAAAGAAUUUCUUUGGCAGCCAUGAUGGCACAGUAUUUCUAUUGGAAAACAACUGGUAAAACUUUUCGUUUAGAAUUUGAUCAACAACAAGAAAAUAAUAGACCAAUUGUUCAUCGUUUCCUAGUCGAUAGAUUUGAUAAUGAUGUUCUUUGGCAGAUGAAUGAAUCAAAACUUUGGCGUUUAAUUGCCAAUCAAUUGAUGAACUCUCCACUUGCUUCAAAUGAUUGUAAAUUUUUAGCUUUUUGCUCUUUUUCAAGAUAUUUUCCUCGUUCUGAUGAACCAUUCUGGAUACCAUCUAAACAAGUAAAAGGCUAUGUCUCAUUAGGUGGAGAUGGUCUAGCAUUAUUGAGUACACAUUGUUUAUAUUGUUGGCCAGAAAAAAUUGAAGAAAUUCAUCAACGAUUAAAUGAUCAACGUCCGAUUGAUGUAAAAAGAUUUAUGAAUGAUAGUAAUAAUAGAAAUACUCGUUCUGGUUGUUUUACGACAACAUUCGGCGCCAUGAUACACGAAUUAGGACAUGUGUUUGGAUUGGCUCAUCGUCAAACGGGAAUAAUGGCAAGAGAAUUUAAUUUAAUUGAUGAAUUUUUUCUACAUCAAAAUUUAUCCGUUAAUCGCUGGUGGACAAAAGAAGAUUUGAUAAUUUUGAAUUUAAAUCCAUGGUUUGAUUAUGAUUUAUUUUCAUUCACAAAUCAUAAUAAUCAUGAUGAGAAUGUUUUCAUCAUGAAUAAUGACAAAGUACUGACAUCGAAAUAUGGACUACGUUUUGUUGAAUAUCGUCAUAUCGAAACGAAUUUCGUUAGCGAAUCGAAAAUUUUCGAUGAACCCAUUCAAACAUUUAAAAUCACAGCAAUUGAAGAAUAUCAAAAGUUAUCAUUGUUAAAAUUAUUUGUAUUGGAUCAAAAUGGAAACAGCAAAACAUUUUAUUUAUGAAAAAAU